UCAGGUUACCUAUUGGGAAAAAGUCUUACCGUCCAAUUACUACGCUGUGGUUUAAAACAUCUUAAGUAUUCAAGGACGAAUUUAGCACCGGUUAUGGGCAGCCAAUCUUCAUUCAGUUCUUGGGCCCAAUAACCACUUGAUAUGGAGGUUCAUCUUUAAAGCUUUGUAAUGGAACCUGCCCAACAUGAUUUCCUCGAAAUGUUUACAAGCUCUGGAGUACCUGAAAUUGCCGAGCACAUCUUGAGCUACUUAGAUUGUGAUGAUCUAAAAAAUGCAGAAAGAGUUCGUAAGUUAUGGUAUCAUGUGAUUAGCGAUGGAAAAAUUUGGAAUCGUUGUCUUGAAAAGAUGCUUCACAAUCCUACUUUAUGGAACAUGUAUCGUCGCUUUGAUGCACCUCUGAGUAAGCCUCAUCCCAUGGACAUUCAAAUCAGAGACCAAAGUUUUUUCAAGAUGGCAUGUCAUACCGUAAUGCGUUACCACCAGCGGCUCCUUUACAACUGGAUGACGGGUGCGCAGCAAGAAGAAUCUCACGAAAUUUAUGUUUGCGGAACAACGGUUUCUUUCGAUAUGAAUUCACAAUACCUUGUAAUAGGACAGCCUGAUGGGAAAAUACUUGUUCGAAUGAGGGAAGAUGUGGCACUUGAACCACAGAGUCAUAAAAUACAGGAGCUAAAAUUGGAAGGAUCGCAAUCAGGAAUUCGUUGCAUUCGGCUAAACGAGGAGAACAUUCUAGUCUGCGGAGGAGCACAAGGUGUAGUUCAAAUUUGGGACGUCUCCCGGGGAACACUUGUUAAGCGAUUUACUGAAAAACACGCCGACAGUAUAGAACACGUGCAAUUUGAUAACAGAGUCGUAAUAACAGGCUCCAGUAUGCAGGAAGCCGAUCAGGGCCGCGUGACCAUCUGGGAUAUAGGAAACUUGCCCCAAGUUUCGUUAAGAGGAGAAAUUUUAUUCCCAUUGCAAAAAAUUUUUGGUUUAGCAUUAGAUGACAAACAUAUUGUUGUCCUAGUCGGUCAAGCACCCCUUUUUGAAAUCCAAAUCCGACUCAGGCACCAUUCUUUGAUUCUUGUACAUUCCAUGCACUAUCGUUCACAUGCAUUCAGUGGAUUUCACUGCCAUGUUGGGUUUGUUGCUGCAGGUUCAGAUGAUGGGAAAAUAAGAAUAUGGGAUGUUGGAACAGGGAAGUGCAAGCGAAUUUUACUCCGACCGUCACAUGAUACUGGCCCAUUCUGGUUGAGAUUCAAUUCUAAGUUUUUGGUCACAAAUAAUUCAGGAGGAAUCAGCAUAUGGAAUUUUAAAGAAGCCGUCAAUCCGCUUUUACAUCCUUGCAUGAAGCUCCACUGUUGCUCCUUCCGGGCUUGCUCAAGUUCACAGUCAGAUCAGUGGCAUUUCCAGAUGGACGCUUUUGAGAUUGUUAGAUUCGAGCAUCAAGGUGAUGCCGGAAUGUUACCCGACCUUCCAGGUAGGUAUAGAGGGAAAAGCUUCAUCAUUCGACACCAAUUUCUCGUCCAAUAGUGUUAGUGCGACAAUUCUCCUAUUUAAGAGAGAUCGUCGUUAAAGAAAUUUUUUAGAAUCUUUUUCAAAAGAUUAUGAUUUGACUUUGUAUUGCAUGGGAGUAUCUGCGUUCAUUAUUAUUCUAACAGUUGGCUCGUUGUAGUACUGAUACUAUUUUCCUUACUU